CUCAUUGCAGCCCAUGUCCCAUUUGUUGGACACAUUUCCAAUAUCCAGCUCUCGAGAUGGCAACCGAGCGCUCCUUGGGUGCUCUUCUGCGAUCGCUGCAAACCUCGUCUGAUCUCCAUGAUGUUCUUGCCUUGCUUCCGACGGCUACGAGCCUGUUAUACGUGCUCGGCAAUCCGUUGAAUAUCACGCUUCUUGCGUCCCAGCUGCUGGCAGCCCCGGCUUUAUGGGAUAGUUCGGUCGACCUUCUUGCAUGUCGAAAGAUCCUCAGCGUCUUCAAUACGGCCGCUAUUGCACUGCUACAGAGUGAAGAAUCGGAGGACCCCAGGAUACCGUACGCUAAACCUCGGAAAAUUGAGCGGGAAGACUGGGUCAAAGCAGUGGUUAACGGAGCAGACGACAAGUCUCCCCGAUGGCGACACGUCAUUCUCAUUGGUGGAGUUCUACUGGGGUUCGAAGGGCAAAACAGACAGGGCUUACCAUCGCGGGUCCGGAGAAAGCUUGAGUCGGCCCUUGUGACGGCAGCCCAACUUGCUCUAGAGGAGCCGGAUCUCCAGAAUGAGAUCGAUGGUCGGUGCGUCACCAUGGUACUGAACUACACCUUCGAGCUCAUAUCCGACCAUGAGAAGAGCAGGCUGAACUACGACUGCCUACUCCCAGUCAUGGUCAAUGCCACUUUUGUAUCGCCGGAGGGUCUUGAAGGAGGGUAUUUCCUUGGGACUGUGGACAAGGACAUUGUUGAGGCGCCAGGAAAACGGUUCCAGUGGUCCCCGCAGUCGGACACUUUUCUGCGCGUAACGGCCAUCUCGUCCAGUCCGCUUGUGUCCGCCUUGGGUCCUCUGUCUCGAUUGAUUGCUCACGCGAUCGAGAAUGUUCGCGAUCCAGGACUGGUAGCACGGUCCUUGGAUCAAAUUACGGACUUUGUGCGGACCUUGAUGGUUCAAUGGCGUCAGAACAAGCUAUCGGAAGUCGACCGGGCUGAAGAGGCGGAAUUCCUGGAUCCCGAGUCCUUGGGAAGCACAAUCCCGGGGCUGUGGAAACUUCUCCGCAAUUGUCUGUAUUCAAUUGUGAUUGUUCUUCGGGCUGUUGUCGGGAGGAUUCUCAAUGACCCUAUACUGGCUGCGCAUCGAAGUGCACCGUUCCUGUCCAUGCAAGCUCUACACAUACUCCGAAACCUGUACUUUAUCUCGUCGCGCAUUGGUCAGAAUGCGUCCUCGCAGCACGUGUUCGUGACCCUAGCUGCAGUGGAUAUACUCGCGCAGUAUCCCGACUUGGCCGAGAAUUUCCUGCGAAGCAUCAAGCCCAGUGAGCUUGGUCAGAUCCCCGCUCACCCCAUUGAGAGAUGCUUAGAUCUCUUCUUCCUGAACACAGCCGAGCUGUUCACACCCGUCUUAUCUCCCACUUUCAGCGAAGAAGUGCUUAUCGCUGCGGCUACGCCUUAUCUCCCAGCCGGCGGCAACAACCAUCUUCUUGAGAUCUUCGAGGCCGCUCACAGUCUCGUCCUGGCUGUGUUCGCCAUUCCCGCCAACGCACUCAUUGCAGCCAAACACCUACCUUUCUACGUCGAGAACCUUUUUGCCGUGUUUCCCGCCAAUCUCUCCGCCCGUCAAUUCCGACUUGCGUUCAAAACUGUCAUCCAAGUCACGGCGCCGCCGUCCCCGAUUGCUAACACGCAGCGACUGUUCCCCUCUGUCCUCCUCGAGGUCCUCUACAACCGGGCCCUGCACGCCACCUCGGACGAACUCCUCCCGCAGGCAGCCCCCGGCGGCCAGGAAGACUCCGGCCUGAGCAUUCCGCCCCCCGUCACCGAGCAGGCGGCGCUCACGCUGGCCCUGAUUGACAGCCUCUGCUUUCUGCAUGUGGACGAGCUAGAAGACUGGCUGCCACUCACCGCGCAGCUGCUGACCGCGAUCCGCGCGCCGGCCAUGCACAACCUCUGCGUGGAGCGGUUUUGGGAGGCAUUGAGCAACGGCGAGAUGGACGUGGAGCGCGCGCAUUACUGCGUCACCUGGUGGAGUACCCGAGGCGGGCGGGAGAUGGUGCUCUACGGGGCCGAUGCUGAUACUGCGGCUGCUGCCGAGGCAGAGGGGGAAGCAGUCGAAGGGGCAUUCAUGAGCGGCGCGCUAGGAAGCGUCGCGCGCGAGAGUAAACUUUGAGCUAUCUGUCGCAUUUGUGUGUGCUCGUUUGUGUGUACAUAAGGAGGAUGGAUGAUGAGGUUUGAUUAUGGUCAGCGCGCGGCGUCCGGAGUGUUUGUUUUGCUUGGUUGAUUUGAUACCACUCGGCGAC